AUGAGUUUUGGAGCCCCCGGCGGUGGGUCGGUGAAUUACAAGCCAUCACCACCCGAGCGCGGUAGCUUUCCUCUUGACCACGAAGGAGAAUGCAAGCACGUUAUUUCGGGUUACCUGAAGUGUAUCAAGAUGAACAAAGGCACAAAUGACGAGGCGUGUCGCAAAUUGGCAAAGGAAUACCUUGCCUGCCGCAUGGACAAGAACCUCAUGGCGCCGGAUAACUUCGAGAACCUUGGGCUAGUGUUUAAAGACGGCGAAGGGAAACAACAGACACCAGCCACACCAGCUGCAAGCGCAACAAAUCUAGGCUAG